CUGGCUUUUCUUUUUUUUUUUGCUGCUCAGAAGUCUCAAUUACAGGCAGCGAAGGUCCUAGAAUCGAUUAAAAGGCAACGGGCAAGCGAUGCGGUGGAAAAAGGCGGCGAACAAGAAUUCGCGAACUGUAUUGUUGAGAGCGGUAAAACUGCGAUGGAAAUGCUGGAGCUAAAAGCAAAGGCUCGUUUGAAGGCAAAAUUGAAAAGCGAUAAAGAACUUGGUCUGAUUCGUCGCGACGGUGAACGUCACUCAGUGCCACGUACAUCGAAAGGAACAUCACGUUUCCCACGUCAUCUUUCACUUGAAAUCACCCAAGGAGACGUUCGUCGACCAUCUGCCUCCAUCCCUUCUUCACCCGCCAAGGACAAUGAAUCUGCAGUAAAAGAAGGAGCAGCAGUUUAUGCAGUUCAGUCGCUGCCACCUACACCACCAAAUCGUGGUCUUUUGGCGCGAAUUUUUGGCUCCGAAAAUACGAAGUCUGAACGACCCGCUGCCGAUGAAUCCAGUAACAAAAUUGGAUGUUUUGGUGGCAAAGCCGAAGACGAUGAUGGGUUUUCUGAUUUGCAUGCUGUCAAUAUUGAGGAUCAAAAGGGAGCUGGCUUGUUGGGAAGAUUUUCGAGUUUUCGAAAGUUGCGCACACGGAAAGGUAGUAGCGAUCUGGACAACAGAAGUAUCGAUAAUGAUGCAGCCGAUUCGAAAACACAGGGUGAAACUUUGAACUUCGUUCCAUCGAGAAAUGCAAAAUUUUAA